AUGAAAAGAAACUUCGAGAACCGAACAAACACUGGCAUUUCGAAACGGCCCGGGAACAAUGAUGCGUCGGAAAUCGAUCACGUGGCACAGACCAAUUUGUCGGAAAAACCCCGGGGUAGUAGUGGUGCAAGUUGCAGCUCAAGUGAUGACGACAGUGACGAUGAAGCAGUGUAUUUUGUUGCGGGCAAAUACGAUCCAGUACAUCGUCGUGUCGUGGCCUGGGAUCCGGAUAUCGCUCGGAUGAUCAAACCCCCGUGA